UUUUAUUUCUACAUUUGCAAACAUUCUUUACAGUACAUAAUAAAUAAAACAGGAACAUUGUUUUGAAAUUUAAAAAAAAUUAAACAUAAAACAUUAACGUUUUUCAAUUAUUAAAAUUAUUUCUGUUUUAGUUAACAGAAUAAGAAUUUAACGGAUAAUUUUACUAAUAUAUCCAUGCUACGUUUUAUAUAAGACGGUAAUUAUAAGGGUACAGAACAUGACAAUAUUUUAAGACACAGGUCACCAUUUCACAAUUUUUGUCAUACUUCUGGCACCAACAGCUGUAAUCGAUGUAUAUUAUAUACAGUUGCUGUAUUUGACGGGAUCGGGGUAUGACUUCGUCAAAGAGAUGGAAAUUCAUCAGUAUUCCCUUUGUCAUGAUGACUUUUCCGUCAGGCAGCAAUUUCACAGAUAUUGUCCGUGGCAGUUGUCUUGCAUCUGGCAUUAACAACUGUUGGUUUAUGAUAUGUGAAAGACUCGAGAAAGCCACGUGUUAAUCACACAGUCGAUACAGACCCGCUGACUGAUUGCUUUUUCACAGGAUAAAGAUCUGACCUUUAGUCAACAAAAAAACGACUAAAAAGCGACUGAACUCUGACUGUAAGGCGACUGAAAUGUGACUGAACGUCACCUAAAAUGUGACUGAAAGGCAAAGUUUAGCCAAUUAGUUACUAUACCAAACAUUUCAGUUGAGAUUUAGUUGAUUAAAUUGCACAAGUUUAUCUUGUGGAUUUUGUUAAUCUUAGAACUGCUAUAUGGAUUUGAUUUUGAAUUUACAGAUGGUCCUGUCUACUAUGAUUCAGAGAGGUGUAUGCUUCAUUGGUCUAUUGUUGCUGUACAGCAAAACACCUACUGCCUUCUCAUUGCUGGCUACUUCUUCAUCAGUUGACUGUGAUUUUGAGAUAAACAUGUGCGGCUGGAUUAUCGGAAGAAACUUUUCUUCGCCCGUGGGUAGCCAUCUCUACUGGAAUUUGUGUCCACAUCUCCCAUCAUCCAACGAUUUCAAGGACACAUGUGAUUACAAUGUCGGCUUAAAAUACGCUGAUCCGUUCGCCCGCCAUGACACCCGAGGGAGCUCAGAAACAGACCUUCCUUUAGAUUUCCACAGACAUGGCGGCUUCGUUCUGAGAUCUAGUAACCAGAAUGUCGAGCCCCCGUACAGCGCCCAGUACAGCACGUUCUACACGUCCUACAUUCUGAGCGUCGAUGUCCCUGUGUUCUUUCUGUACAGGUGUUUACGUUACUCCUUCUCACUGCGUGGACAGUCCACCUUCAUCGUGUCGUAUCUCGUCACGGAAGAGAAAAGUGACGUCAUAAUCAAAGAGUACCAGGCUAAUUGGAUGGGUAAAACCAAGGAGGGUUGGAUCGUUGGAAAUGGUAGCGUAAAUCUUCCAUUGAAACCCACGUUCAGGAUAAUGUUUCGAGUCUGGUUCAGAUAUAUCGGUAACAACGCUGUAAAUGUCGACAACGUCAGGAUAACCGAGGGACUUUGUAAUGCGAGCUGUCCUCUUGACGAAUAUAGGUGUCGUAGUGGAGAAUGUCUGUCACCCAGCCUCGUUUGCGAUUCCCGCAAUGACUGCUUGGAUGGUUCAGACGAAGACGCAUGCGAUUUGGUUUCGGAAGAAAAUCCAGUCCAACUAAACUCUUCGGAACACGAAAUUUUGAAUACCACAUCGGUGUGUUCAGAGUGUCCCAAAAACGCCACCUGUAUUUCCUUCUGUCCAACGUCUUGCAACUGCAAUGGAACUGCCUUCUUAUGUAAAACACAUUUUUCUCUCGCCUACAGUUUUUUAGUGCGAUUGUCAGAAGUGACGUGUAAUAUCCUUGACGUUUCAGAGUUAGGACGAGGGAUAUUUCAAUUUGAAAUUUUUUCCUCGCUCAUUUCUACUCUAAAUAUAACAGACGAUGUCCAAAUAGAGAAUCUUAUCAUAAAAAACUCCAAUGUGGACAGCAUCCAAAUACCUCACCAAGUUGUAAACCACGUCCAGUUUACAAACAUAAAAGUUAAUUCCCUGUCAUUUGUGACAUCUUUCAUGUUUUUACAUGUGAUGGGGAACAUUCCCAGUUUCAGUGCCUCUGCCUUCCUAUAUAUGCCUUACGUGAAAUUUGAAGGAAAUGAUCUCUCCUCUGCCACUGUGAUCUACGAAAUGUGGAACAGAGCCUUGUUAUCCUCAAACAACUCUCAUAACAAGGCAGUUCUGAGGAACUGUAACAUACAGAACACUUACACGACAAACUACGUCAAAAGUAGCUUCAUAGAUCUGAGCCACAACAAGUUGAAGUCGUUCACAGUGUCUGAUCGGACACAAAUUCUGCUGAUUCGCAACAAUCUGCUGGAGACUGUUGUACGACCGUACGCUGUGACCUUUAACACGUCCUUGAAGACCCUUGACAUGUCCUUCAACAAAAUAAUAAUGUUAGGUCAAGGAGAUUUCACCUAUUUCUUUAAUCUUCUGUACAUCGAUCUCAAGUCCAACAAUAUAUCCUGGAUGCACGAUGAAAUAUUCCUUGAACUCACGAAUUUACGCUACUUGGACCUCUCUAAUAAUUUAAUUCAAACUAUAAAACAAACCCACUUUGUCAAUUUAGAAAGUCUUCAAUAUUUAUACUUGCAAAAAAAUCUCUUAAGCAGCAUUGAUUUGGAGUCUUUCUAUUCAUUGAAAAAUCUGCUUGUUCUAGACAUGGCAAACAAUAAGUUAACUUCCCUUAAAGGUAUGUACUUCCGCAAUCUGAAGGAACUGAGGUACCUCUACCUGCAGAAUAACAAGUUCCAGGUGAGUGAGGGGAUGUUUGACGGCCUCUCAAGUCUCCAGGUGAUGCAGGUGGACUUCUUCUCUCUCUGCUGUGCAAAACCCAGAAACGUUUACGAUAUAGUUUGCAUAGCUCCUGGAAACGAGAUAUCUUCUUGUAGUAAUCUUAUUGCAGUCCCAAUCCUUAACGUUGGUAUUUGGUACAUUGCAUUGUUUGCUGCCUUUGGAAACUUAGUUGUGUUUUGUUAUAAACUUGUUUACCAAAAAAGACAAUCUGCGCAGGCGCACUUUAUCUUCACUACUAACUUGAACUGGGCGGACUUUAUUAUGGGAAUUUAUCUGUUCAUUAUUGCCACUGCAAACUUGGUUUACAAUGGUCGCUACGGUUUAGAAGACUUUGCAUGGAGGAACAGCUACUACUGCACGUUUGCUGGGAUUCUAGCUACAGUUUCUAGUGAGACCUCUGCGCUUCUAGUUUUCCUUAUCACAAUGGACAGACUUAUAGCCAUCAAGUUCCCUUUCUCGGGGAGGGGGUUCACUAAAAAUGGUGCUAUUUUUCUGUCUCUUUGUUCUUGGUUCGUUGCUCUGUUUUUGGCCUUGUUACCAAUUGUUCCCAUGCAGUCCAAUUACUUUGACGGUUACUACGCCCGAUCAGGUGUCUGUAUUUCCCUGCCAUUGUCUGUCGUGAAAAAGUCGGGGUGGCAGUAUUCGAUGGCGGUCUUCAUAGGACUAAACUUUCUGUUAUUUUUUGGCAUUUUGAUCGGACAAAUCAUCAUUUUCGCAGAAGUAAUCAAAGUCGGAAGUAACCUGGUUUCCUCCAGGAAGAAGCAAAGGGAGAUAAGUCUAACCAAGAGUUUGGCCGCCAUUGUUCUGACAGAUAUGUGUUGCUGGAUUCCUAUCGGGACGAUAGGACUGUUGACGUUUUUUGGGAUCGACGUUAGCAAUGAAGUGUACGACUGGAUCAUAGUCAUUGUUCUCCCCAUCAACUCAGCUCUUAAUCCGGUCAUCUACAACUUUAUAGCUUUCAUGAGACACAAACGAAGAACUGAUUUAUCCGAGUCAAACAACCUGAAGCAGGAGUGUGCCGUUCUAAAACGUAAACUCGAAGUCCUACAGUCAAUGAACAAAGGUUGCUCCUGUCGGAGAAAAGUGGAAUCAGUGAAAAAAGAGCAACACUCCAACACAGAGGUGGUGGACACGGGCUCAGGAAUGGAGACUCACAACCACACCAACGGGAUGGCGGUGACCGUCAUCAGAAUGGACACCCGACUCUGACCCCCAAUCCCCACCCCCGACCCCCACCAUCCCUUCCUCACAGGCUCAGGCAUGGAGACUCACAAGCACACCAACGGGAUGGCGGUGACCGUCAUUAGAAUGGACACCCGACUCUGACCCCCAACCCCCACCCCCGACCCCCACCAUCCCUUCCUCACAGGCUCAGGCAUGGAGACUCACAAGCACACCAACGGGAUGGCGGUGACCGUCAUCAGAAUGG